AUGACCCACAAUCAAGACAAUUUUGACCCAAACUUUCUUGAUUCUGCAUAUACUCAAACUCAAAUCCCAGGCAAUUUUUAUCAUUGCCCCAAUGACGAGAGUACGGAAAUACCGAUACUACCAAUAGACUUUGCGACAAAUGACGCUACUUUUGAUACCAAUAUAUUUUAUAAUCAAGCCUUAGAAGACAGCGGGCUAUGGAAUAUCGAUUUUUACAAUGUGCCUGCACCGGCACCACUGAGCUAUGAAGAGGAACCGGCAAUCGGUAACUUUUCGGCCGCAUCAUCUGUCGAAGGCUUUUCAGACUUAUUCAAUUCGCCACUCUUGGCGGAUGAUUUCCCUCCGGUUGAAAGUAAGGCCCAGAUAGGCACUGCAUCCGGCGUCACAGCUACUAGCAUGCCGUCCACAGGCGAUACCAAUCUUCAGAAGGCACUCCCUCAAAUCCCCAGCAAUCAAUUCGGUCUUCCUCGACGAAGGAGUCGGUAUUUUGCGUCAAGUUUAGAGGUGAAAAACACCCCGUUACAAAAUUUGAAUACAGGCGAAUUGGACCCAAUGCAACGAUGGCAGAAAUUUCGGCUCGAAGACGAACCGGUCUCAGUUACAGCCAUAAUGGAUGCGAUGCAAGAAACACCAGCACCUUAUCGCACCGAUCAACCAUAUCGCGGCCGUCGAAAAACCCCUUCUCGAUCUCGUCGCUCAUAUUCUAACACAAGCCGCGAAUCCAGUGUGUCAUCUGCAGAUUCAGCAUGGUCAUCCGGGGCCCAAAUAUCACGUACACGCAAACGUCGACCAAAAGGGCAAGCGACCAAAUCUCAGUCUAAUAACGGCAAGCCUCGAAUAUUCUGUUGCACUUUCUGCUGCGAUCGCUUUGGGACCAAAUACGAAUGGGUUCGACAUGAAAAAUCGCUACAUCUGAAUCUAGAAGCAUGGUAUUGCGCACCACUCGGGCCAUCAGUCCUCUCCUCAAUCACAGGAAAGAUGCUCUGUUCCUUCUGCAAUGUGUCAGAGCCAUCACAAGAACACCUCUCAAUGCACAACUAUGACGCCUGCAAAGAUUUAUCCAAUGAACUGCGUUCAUUCCAUAGAAAAGACCAUCUGGUCCAGCAUCUUCGCCAUGUACAUCAAGUACACAACCCACCACCCCUAGACGACUGGAAGAAAGAAAUGAAAAUUUUCACGUCAAGAUGUGGAUUUUGUGACGAGAUUCUGGAUAAUUGGGACGAUCGCGUCUCGCACCUGGCUAAGCACUUCCGCAACGGAUCUACAAUGAAAGAUUGGAAGGGGGACCAUGAUUUUGCCCCACACAUCACAGCAAAGCUUCAAAACGCGUAUCCACCUUAUCUUCUUGGUUGGGAAUCAGAGUGUAUCGUCCCAUUCUCUGCAACAAGCAAGGACGUUCGCGAUCAGUAUUCCCUGCUAAUGUCAAAGACCAAUAUGACCAAUGAAAAUGCUGGAAAUCCUGAUCGCCCAAACCCAGAACCCUCUCCCGCAGAUGAUGACCAAACAAUGCCGCAACUCCCGGGAUUCUUGGAUGUGUUUACACGCCAUCUAAGCCAAUAUGGGCGGAAGCAGAUGGAACUCGGCGUCAUCCCAACAGAUGAAAUGUUUCAGAAGGAGGCAAGAAAGGUGCUCUUCCAUACCGAAGAUGCCUGGGACCAAACUAUUGCCGAUAACGCCGACUGGCUUUCUGCCUUCAGGAGACUACAUCUCAACUCGACUGGUAACUCGGCAGAUGCUCCUAAUAGUAAUAUGCGAUACCCCUAG